CGCACAUCAAGCGGAUUCUCCUUCGGCAGGGUAUCGAUUGUGAAUCCACUGGGUGGGAACUUUGUGGCUGUUUACUUUCUCUCUGGUGGUGCCUCUUUACGUGGCCAGGAAGUGCAGUGAAGGAUGGUGGGUGGGAAGAUAGUGUUUUCCGUGGUUGUAAUUCUGGCUCUCAGUGAAAAUGUUCGAGGGCGCUUCGAUGUGGAGCAAAUGGAAGCCAAUCCGGACGCCAAGAGGCUCUACGAUGAUCUCCUGAGCAACUACAACCGCCUCAUCAGGCCUGUGGUGAACAACACAGAGACUCUGACUGUGUGGCUGGGCCUGAAGCUGUCGCAGUUGAUUGAGGUCAACCUAAAGAAUCAGGUGAUGACCACGAAUCUCUGGGUGAAGCAGAAGUGGUUCGACUACAAGCUGCGAUGGGAUCCUGAAGAGUACGGCGGCGUGGAGAUGCUGUAUGUGCCAUCAGAGCAGAUCUGGCUGCCCGAUAUUGUGCUGUACAACAACUGGGACGGGAACUACGAAGUCACCCUCAUGACAAAGGCCACGCUGAAGUACACCGGGGAGGUUUUCUGGGAACCACCGGCCAUCUACAAGUCUUCCUGCGAGAUCAACGUUGAGUAUUUCCCUUUUGAUGAGCAGACGUGCUUCAUGAAAUUCGGCUCCUGGACUUAUAACGGCGCUCAAGUGGAUCUGAAACACCUGGAUCAAGUGCAGGGCAGCAAUCUAGUGCUGAUUGGCAUUGAUUUGUCCGAGUUCUAUCUCUCAGUGGAGUGGGAUAUCCUGGAAGUGCCUGCCAGCAGGAAUGAAGAGUACUAUCCGUGCUGCACUGAGCCCUUCUCUGACAUCACCUUCAAGCUAACCAUGCGACGCAAGACGCUCUUCUACACAGUCAACCUCAUCAUUCCAAUUAUCGCUCUGACGUUCCUCACAGUGCUCGUCUUCUAUCUGCCCAGCGAUUCUGGCGAGAAAGUCACUCUAUGCAUCUCAAUCCUUGUGUCGCUGACUGUGUUCUUCCUCCUGCUGGCCGAAAUCAUCCCACCCACGAGUCUGGCAGUGCCACUGCUCGGGAAAUACCUCCUCUUCACCAUGAUCCUCGUCUCGCUCUCCGUGUGGACCACCGUUUGCGUCCUCAACAUCCACUUCAGGUCUCCCUCGACGCACAACAUGCCGCCAUUAAUGCGGAGCAUCUUCCUCAACUUCAUGCCCAAGCUCAUGAUGAUGCGGCGAACGCACUACAGCCUCCCGGACUACGACGACACAACGCCCAGCAACGGCUACACGAAUGAGAUUGACGUGCGCGACAGCAUUAGCGACUUUCCCGGAGAGUACAAAGAGAACGCCGAUGGGAGUUGCGAUAAUCUCGGCAAUCACGCCCAUUCCUCCGUGGAGUCUGAGCAAAUGUUCCCCCGUCAAGUGACCCCAGAACUCAUGCAGGCGAUGAAGAGUGUUCGCUUCAUCGCUCAGCACAUUAAGGAUGCCGACAAAGACAAUGAGAUUGUUGAGGAUUGGAAAUUCAUCUCAAUGGUGUUGGAUCGCUUCUUCCUGUGGGUCUUCACGAGCACUUGCAUCUUCGGCACCAUCGGCAUUAUUUUCCAGAGUCCCUCGCUGUACGACUUGCGUGCGCCUGUGGACCAGCUCUUGAGUGAGAUUCCGCUGAGGAAGAACAACUUCAUGCUUCCGCCGGAUAUAAUCCGUAUGAAGCUCGACUAGAGAUGCCCUCGCAAUAUUAGUGAUUACUCGAAUGUUAACUGUAUACUCAAAGUAGAGCGCAAACAUCGACGUUGAUACCCCUGAAAGCUUCUUUUGGUCUUUUAGCCACUACGGCCAGUUAAGAGGCGCGUUUGUGGUCCCGGAAGAUAGAGGGCGCUGAGGGAUGUUGCGUAUUCAUGAAUGAAGGAACGAAUUAGUGUGAGUUGAGCGCGUAUAGUUACCUCUUUCUCGUGCGAAUGAAUUCUUUACGCUGAAAUUCCUCAGCAGCUCCACACUGCAAAAAUGGGAAUGAACUAGUCAAUUUCUAUCUGCUCAUUUUGUAUGAAAAUUACACGUUUUCCCACAGAUAUCACU